AUGCUGUUUGCAAGGAGGUUGUUGGCUGGGCCGGGUCGAUGGUGGUUCAGAGACGUCCAUGAUGCCCCGGACGUCCAGGUUUCCAGCGAGGAAGCCUGGGAAGACGCGGGGAGACAGCGAUCAGAGUCUCAGGUCAGCAAUCUUGAUGAGUGGGACUGGGACAUCGUCGAGGCGACUGAGGAUCAAAGCCGCGAGAUCGCCGUAUUGGCGACCCUUCCUGGCGAUUUCGCCUCGGAUGCGGCGAUGGAGCCCGAAAGCCCGGCUCGGACACAAUGUGGAUCAAGCUCCUCGUGCAUCUGCCCAAAGGCAACAAGGGACACUGCCGUAAGAGCAGCCCCAUUCGAGACCGUUGUCGAGGACGUGUAUGUGGGAUUGACUUCGCCAUUGGAGCGAUCGGACGUCACGGAACCAGACGACGAGUCUGGCCGGCCACCUCCAGACGAGUCUGGCUCCGACGAUGGAGCCGCACUCAGCAACGUGCGCAGCUCGGAGCAGGCAGCACCUUUGGCUGGGUUCGCUGCACCCUGUGGAAGGUUUGCAGCGACCACGACCUCCUGGUGUGGACUCUAUCCAGGCACUGUACCAAGAGGUAGUGAAGAAGAGUUGGCCAGCAAGCUUCAGCGGCAGUUAGCCAGGGCAGAGCAAGAAGGUUGUGUGCUGCAGUCAGGCAGCCGACAUUCCGCAGUGGCCGACGUGCAAGCCACAACGGCUGAUGAGGCCAAGGCAGCACGGCCGAAAUCGAGCGGGACUUGCGUUCAGCUCCUGUACGCUUCCAAGCGUCAUUCCCUUUUCGACUUCCAGGAGAGCUCUCUUCUGCGCAGCGCCGGCCAGGCUAGGAAGAAGACAACAGUACUUGCAACGCCAUACAAUGCCAUGCACUAUGUAUCAACGUUACCAGAGCUAUUAACACAGUCGAAGGGCAAGGGCAGCAUCCUCAUGGCCGCUCGCUCCAACCGCCCGAGACCUCCCAAGCUCUCGCACUCCGGUAGCUUGGAGAAAGUUGACGGUGUGCUGAGCCGUCAAACCUCAAAAGAUUCAUCUCCCGUUGCAUUGGCGGCCUUUGGUUUGUUGAAUCCGCCAGACUCGCACCCGUCUACUCCGAUUGGUGUCCCUGAGCUGAAGAAGCCGCUUGCCUUAGACGAUGUAAACGAGGACCUGAUCGAAAGGGAGAGGGAGACGUGGCACGCAUGGUUGCAGCGGCUCUUGGCCUUUACGGGGCCUGGUUGGCUGAUGAGCAUCGCGUACGUCGAUCCUGGAAACCUCGAAGCAGAUCUUCAAGUCGGGGCACAAUUUGGAUACUCUUUGUUGUGGGCUCUAACAGGUGCUACGUUCAUGGGUCUGGGAAUGCAGCUGCUGGCAGCUCGGCUAGGCUGCGCUACAAAGCGCCAUUUGGCAGAGCACUGCCGGGAUGCCUUUGAGUUUCCACUCCGGCAGCUUCUUUGGAUGCUCACCGAGCUUGCGAUUGUCGGCUCGGACAUCCAAGAGGUGAUUGGCUGCUCCAUUGGCCUGGAGCUACUUUUUGGUAUCCCCUUGACUGUUGGAGUAUUGAUCACGGCCUUUGCGGCCUUCAUCUUCCUUUUCUUGGAACGUCUGGGCACACGACCGCUGGAGCUGUUUUUUGGUGUGCUGAUUCUGAUUUUGGCUUUGUCCAUGGGUCGCUUGUAUGCAAGAAUUUGCCCUGACAGCAUGGCAGUGGCAGAAGGUCUUCUCGUUCCCUGGCUACCACCUUCCGCCAUGCAGCAGGUAGUUGGGAUGGUUGGCUGUGUGAUCAUGCCGCACAACCUGUUCUUACACUCUGCUCUUGUGCAAAGCCGUGUGGUGCAGCCUGGGGGCGAGGCAGAUGCUGUUUGGCUCUUCACAGUGGAGUCAACUUGUGCGAUCCUCACCUCGCUGAUCAUCAACACCUUCGUCGUAGCAGUCUUUGCAAAGGGCUUCUUUGGCAAGCCCGGCACCGAUGCAAUCGGUCUGGCAAAUGCGGGCCAAUACUUGGGAGAGGCUUUUGGGCAACCUAUGAAAAUCGUCUGGGCCCUAGGUCUGUGUGCUGCCGGCCAGUCCAGCACAAUGACCGGUGCCUACGCCGGUCAGUGGGUGAUGCAGGGAUACCUGGAUUUGAAGGUAGCUCCAUGGAAACGGGCCAUCAUUACCCGUUCCAUGGCGCUAGUUCCAUGCCUUGCUGUUGCAGUCUACUUUGGAGGACAGCGUGAUGGCUUGGACAUUCUCAACACAUACUUGAAUGUGUUGCAGAGUGUCGUACUUCCUUUCGCGGCCGUGCCCCUGCUCAUGUUUGCAGGGUCGAAGCGCGUCAUGGAUAACCUCGUAUUGUCGAAUACCUCGCUGAUUGCUGCUUGGUUUGCUACAGCCCUGAUCAUUUGCGCCAAUCUAUACCUGGCAGUAGAGCAGUUUGCUGGCCUUGGUGUGGCACGCAUGCAGGUCGGUUGCAGUCUUUACGUACUAACGAUACUCUACGUUGCCUGGAAGGGCCAUCAAGCAGUGAGAUAA